CUCAUCAACGCACCAGCCACUGGGGCGGCGCCUCCUAUAAAUGUAAGUGAACGUUUAUCAACUGCAGCCUACCAUUUCAAGCACCUCUUCCCCACUGCUGCUUUCUGUCACCGGACCGAGUUUAACAUCUAAACUGCAGCCAUGCCAUCUGACCUCGAGAAAGCCAUGGAGUCCAUGAUUAUGGUGUUCCACAAAUACGCCUCCAAAGAGGGGGACAACAACUAUCUGAGCCGCAGGGAGCUCAAAGACCUCAUGGAGAACGAGCUGGCUUGCUUCCUCAAGUCUCAAAAAGACCCUGCCGCAGUGGACAAGAUCAUGAAGGAUCUGGACGCUAACAACGAUGGCCAAGUGAGCUUUGAGGAGUUUGUUUCUCUGGUGGUUGGCCUGUCCAUUGCCUGUGAACAGUGUUAUCAGAUGCAUCUCAAGAAAGCGGCUGGAAAGUGAAGGAGUCAGAGGGAUGGAGGAGGAAGACCAGAAAAGAAUGGAAGCUGAGAGGAUAUAUGGAUGAAGAAAAUUGUUUGUUUUUUGUAAUUAUGCUGUCUAAUAAAGUGUUCUUGUUGUUUACAGA